GGGUCGUUUGAAGGUUUUAUGGAUCAUUUGGUAUUAUGAUUAAAACGAGGAGUGAAGCAAUGCCUGUUAAGCAUUUAUAAAUGUCUGACGCAACUUCUGAUGCCAAACUCCCGCGGUCUGCGUGCUGGAUUUGGAAAUAAGUGAUCGCCGGCACAGCCACUUCCAAAUCAUGUUCAGAAUUCCCCGCCUGCUUAAGACCUGUGCUCGGAUGGGUGGCGCCAUUCGCAGCAGUGGUCUGUUGGGCACAGAGCCGGCCCCGCUACAGACUCCGCAUCUCUCCGGGCACUGGCGUCAGCUGGCGUCCCAAGACACGGUCAAGUUCACGUUUGAGUUCCGGGAUGGAGCCCGCCACGAGGUGGCGGUGAAGGAGGGCGAGAGCCUGCUGGACGUGGUGCUGGACCACGACGUGGACAUCGACGGGUUUGGGGCGUGCGAGGGCACACUGGCCUGCUCCACCUGCCACCUGAUCCUGCCGCCGGAGAUCUACCAGACCAUGUCCAUGGAGAUCUCCGACGAGGAGAUGGACAUGUUGGACCUGGCGUUCGGUCUUGAGGACACGUCCCGACUGGGCUGCCAGUGCAUGGUCAACAAGGACUAUGAGGGGGUCGUGAUUAAGGUACCGGCGGGAGUUAACGACCAGCGGUGAGGACCAGUGCUCAACACAUGGGAAUGUGAAUCGUUGGCGAGCCGCGGACUGGGCCAGGUCAUGUCAGCUAGCUAUCAAAUGGGCGUGUUUUGUGGCGGCGCCACGGGUAUCUUCUCAUGGCCGUUCAACUUGUUACCGAGCAUUUAGGAGACUCAUAACUGUUUUAUCGACUGUGUCGCCUGUUGUCAUUUGGAGAUUCUGCGGGCAGAUGAUUGCUAAUGAAUAUACAGGAAUGAUUGUAA